AUGCACCCCAUAGCCAGCCCGAAGCUGAUGACACUACAGGUGGCGGCUUCUAUCAGCACUGCCGGGGACUUCUCGCUGGGUUGCUCGGGUUACACUGGCGCACGGUUGGGCCGAGGCAGCUAUGGAGCUCUCGGCCGCAGUCAUCGUCCGGGGUUUAGUAUACCAAGAGGAAGGCUGGCCGGAGUCAAGCCGAGUCAUGUCCACACACCUAGGAGAAAAUGCCCUCAGAACGGUAAGUAGUUGAUGCUUUAUUAGUUAUGCUUACUUAAAUCUGUUUUUAGUUUGGGUACGGUGAAGAAACCCAUAGUGGCGCGUAUGAUUUUACAUGUCUAAAGUGUAUGCAAAUAGAUUAUACAAAGGGGUAGGCGUUUAAAACAUGUUUCUUAAAGAGGUAGUCAAUUUCUUCUCAACCAUGAGGCAUGCGUGCAAUUAAUCUGUGCAGUUAAAUGAAUAAUCAUCCAAAUCCACAAAUUCCUGAUUUACAUUGUUAAAUAAUGCAUGUGAGUUGGGACGCAAUUUAUGGAAAACUGCAGUUAAAGUCGACUACAAACACCCAAUGCAAUGCUGUCUCUAGUAGUUCCACACAAUAGUCGAUAUCCAAAUGAGAAGUAGUUAGUACAGUUUAUUUCAGGGAUUUUACAACUAGCUAUCAAUGUGGGCGUUAGGAUCUCUCCAUAUUCAACCUGGUAGAGAUCGCAUUUCUAUCUCAAAGCUAUGCGAGUCCUGUUGCUAUGGCAACGGUCAAGGGCCCUGUUAGCCUGCAACCUAUAGAACCCCGUUUGGAGUUAGCAACUUCUGGGGUAUCUAGCUAGCUUAAGCUUGGUACCUAGCUAGCACCAAAUGCAACCAGCCUGAAAACAAUGACCAGUAGAAACUGCAGUUAUUUUCAAUAUUCUCAGCAAUGAUUUCGGAAUCAACGUGAGUAAGUAUUAGCUAGGUAGCCACUCGUUGUUCUCCUAAUGAAAUAACUAGCUAGCCAGCCCAAAACUAAAGUUAUAAACAACCAGCUAGCUUCAUCUGGCUGGUAUGGUUUGACUGGACCGGAUUAUGUGUUGUGAAACUAGCCACAGUAGUGGCAUUUGCGUUUCGCCUGAAAAUAAAAGGCCCUCAUUUGAUAGUGAUGCAGAAGGUUAGAAUUGGCGGAAUCAUGCUAUAUAUAUAUAUAUAUAUAUAUAUAUGACAUGACUAGAUCAUGUUAAACAAGGAUGAAAUGGGGUACCAGUCUACUCGGUGACACCCACAGAACACAACUGUGAAGAGUUUACCCAAAUAUUAGUGUCGUAGCUCUUAUUGCGGGAUUUUGACUGUGGGAAAUCACCUCCCAGUCAGCCUAUUGACAUAUUGCACUGUACAGCCUUACCUAAGGAUUGGGGAUCAAUGAAAUGGGGUGUCGGUCUACUCAGUACCCAAGUGUUUUUUCCCCCAAAGAAGUCCUCAGUUAUCAGGCUCCAAAACAUCCAGGUUGUAUUGUUUUUCCUCUGCAAUUGUGUUAAAUACACAUAGUAGGUUGACUAGUACAAUAAAUGUGGCUCAAUUCACAGUGGUUUCAGAGUCCCGCAAUAAGAGCUAUGACAAUGUUCUCUGGGUGUCAGAGUAGACUGAUACCCCAUGUCUGCUAAAUGGCAUAUUAUUAUUAUAUUGUUGAUCCACAAUCCAUAGGAAACAAGUAUGCCCCCAAUGCAGUUCUAAAGUCUAAUACAUCCAGUGUGAUUUCAUCAGAUUUUUGUCAAAAUAACAAGUUAUUGUAUUUUGUUGAAUUUAUAUAAGAACAUUCCUACCUCGUUUAGCACGAUAUAUUCCAUUAUGGCAUUAUUCCACUAUUUGUAUUAAUUUGCAUCACUUUCAUUGAGGUUUAUUUUGAAGGCGAACCACAAAUUCCGCUAUUGUGGCUAAUCCUAAUUGUGGCUAGCUUCACGUUGGUGGGUCCGACCACCAUUAAUCAAAUAAAUACUGUUUUAUAAAUUAGGGGUGUUUUUAGAUUAUGACACCUAGCUAGAAAGUUAGCUAACUAUAGCUACUGAAACAACAGUUGUUUUGCUAUGUUUUUGGGGAAGAAUAUUGUUUGCAUCCAUCAACUAGCUAGCUUUUUUAUGACCACUGUCCAGAGCUUGGGGAAGUGUCUUUACCCACAUCAUAGCAUACGUUUCGGUGAAUCGUUGUGACAUGAAAUACGAGGUGAUGGUGUAAUCAAUGUGUAAUAACUACGUAAAUGAAUGAACGUGUUAAAUGAUUGUGACGUGGACUCAUCUUCAGGUCCUGAUGGGGUCAACAAGCUUGUAGAAAAAACGAAGCAAGGGAAGCGCUGCAAGGUACACAAUAGUCGAUUUUGGUUGACAGAAGGCGCUCUUUGGUAAAUCGGUCAUCAAAAAGGAGCACCAAGGCACUCUUAAAUAUAAUUAAUUAAAAUGCCUUUAUUUGUAUGGCAUGUUCAAUGGAAACAACUUUUUUUUUUUUUUUUUUUACUCCGACGCGUUUCGGUUGCAUGGCCUUCGUUAGGGAUUACAAAAAUAUGAUAAUACAAUGUCCUCUUGAACAGAUUUUUCCAAUCAACCCAGAUUAGAAGAGGGAAUGGUUACAGAAUUCAUUGGACAACACCUAGUAAGCAAUACUAUACCCAUUUAAAAAAGUGAAAUACUGUAGAUAUGUUAUCAAAAAAAUAGAGGAAUCAGAACCCCCAGAAAGGUAGUUCUAACCUUGAACAUGACCGGGCAAAGUGUUAAGAACAGGAGAGCCAUUUACAUUUUAGCAGACGCUCCUAUCCAGAGCGAUUUACAUGAGCAAUUAGGGUUAAGUGCCUUGCUCAAGGGCACAUCGACAGAUUUUUCACCUAGUCGGCUCGGGGAUUAGAACCAGCGACCUUUCGGUUACUGGCACAACGCUCUUAACCACUAAGCUACCUGCCGCCCAUCCAUUCUAUAGUACACUAGAGCACAGCAAACAUGGACCAAAACGGUCCAAACAUAGCGGAGGGCAACAGCACAAAGAGCCAAUGAAUUCUGUAACCGUUCCCUCUUCUAAUCAGGGUUCAUUGGAAACAUCUGUUCAAAAGAGGACAUUGUAUUAUCAUAUUUUUGUACUCCGAAGGCCAUGCAACCGAAACGCGUCGGAGUAAAAAAACAACAACCGGUGUUUCCAUUGAACAUGCCAUACAAAUAGUCAUUUAUAUUAAUUAUAUGAAUAGUGCCUUGGUCCUCAUGAUGGGCAACAAGCUUAGUUGACGUGUAUCUUUUUUGAGACGCAAAGACGCAAAUGGCGUCCCAUAGCAACCGUUCUUACAGUGCCUCACUUGCCUGCAAGCGGGGAGACAGGAGAACCGCUUUGCGCAAUGGGAGUUGAAGUCAUUAAGGAUAUUAAUCUGAUGGUGCACUUUAAGGACAUUUUAACAUAAUAAAACUUAGUCCUGAGGAUAUAGACAGAUGGUUUAUGUUCUAGACAACUAUGCCCAUCCCCUAUCUCCAGUGAGGAUAACCUUAUGAUGACGUUUCACGUCACAUUUCAAUUAUAGGGUGGAAUAUCCCUUUAAGGGCAAGGCAUGUUGCUUUGUUUUGAGCCAGCUGGCCGUCUGACAGUCCAUUAUAUGUAUGUCCAGAGCAAAUCUAUAUCACUGCUUCCCAAAUGUCACCAUUUUCCCUGUGUAGUGCCCGUAGGGUUCUGGUCUAAAGUAAUGCACUCAUGAAUAGGACCUAUUUGCCCCUUGGGGAGUCUGCUGUAGAGCACUGACCCCAUUUCAUUAGCCACCAGCUAGCCAGACUACCUAUUACACACUGGUAAUGUUUCACGAUGAGAUGGGGUACACUGUAGUUAGAUGGGGUACACUGUAGUUAGAUGGGGUACACUGUAGUUAGAUGGGGUACACUGUAGUUUAUUGCUUGGCCUUAGCUAACGGAGCCAUGGAGCCAUGCCAUCGUGGAACGCUCUGCCACCAGCGGUUACUCAGGCAAAAAGCAAGCUUAGCUUGAAAAAAACACGUAUUUUUACCUAUCACAGCACCUCUCCUCAAUCUUAAGAUCUAAUUCAACUGUACUGUAUAUAAGAAUAUGAUUAUGCAUAUAUGAAAAGUGUGUAAAUUUUGUCUCUUGGUGUCUUUCCAAUAACUUAUUUUAUUUGGACUUUAAUGUCAUCUUAUGUUCUUGUCUAUAACUGUUCUGUACUUUCAUGUAUUUUUUUUUUUUUAUGUGGACCCCAGGAAGAGUAGCUGCUGCGUGUGCAGUAGCUAUUGGGGAAUCCCAAUACACUCAAUUAAACACCUGUAGUGUGAUUGAAUCAUCUACUAUGCUGGUUCCACUUUCUUCACAUCUUACAGCUGAAUACCACAGCAUGCCUUUUUAUUUUGAAAUUCUAGACUCCAGGGACGGGAAGGAUUCCAACUGGAAUGUGGAGGGGUAAGUAACGUUAAGUGUACAAGAGAAUGUGUAUACGUCCCAAAUGGCACCCUAUUCCCUAUAUAGUGCACUACUUUAGACCAGAGAAUGGCACCCUAUUCCCUAUAUAGUGCACUACUUUGGAUGGGCCCUGGUCAAAAGUUUCAAGUUUUAAUGUCACAUGCACAAGUACAGUGCAAUGCAUUCUUAAACUCAAAACCCAACAAUGCAAUAAUUAAUACAAUGUAUUACUAGAAAAAAACACACAAGAAUAGGAAAUAUGAAAUACACAAUUAAGUAAGUAAUCAUACUAUAUACAGGAACUACUUAAAGUGUGUUCUAAUACUGUAUUUACAUGUGCAGGGAUACUGUAGUGAUGGGGGUAGAUAUGUAUAGGGGUAAGUGCACUAUAUAGGGAGUAGGAUGCCAUUUGGAAUGCACACUCAGGUUAGCUAUAUUAGUUGGCACUACUCCAUUCAGUUGAAUGAAUGUUAAUUUGUGGCCUCCUAUUGAAUGUUAUUUACAUGUUGUUCAGGUCUACUUCCUCUUUCCUGGGCAGAGAGGUGUCUCCUUUGUCCCAACUUGACUCCUCAGAUAAUAACUACCCUGAGAAAGACCUCUGUGGGAGACACUUUCUGUUUGAUAAUAAAUGGAAGAAUGACAGCAGGAUGUAUCCCAAGUAUGAUUUCAGAGGUAUUUGUUUAUUUUUUCCAAUUUAAUUAUUACUGUAAGGUCGUACAGUAGUGAAGGCGCAGUUUGGUUGUUGGACACGUGUGACUACAGUGUGUCACCAGUAGAUGGCGACCUCAGCAUUUGUAUUUUUUUUCAACGGCCAAGCUAUUGAAAUGAUCAGGCUUGGUUGCCUGCUAUUCAAAUAAGAACAUUAGCUAGCAGCAGUCCUUUUGUGUGUAAAUGUUUCUAGGCACUUAUUUGUAGCUGCAACAUCCACGUCAAACUGAGGCUUUACCUUCUAUAUGAGCCAGUGUUGUUUUCAAUUUCCACACAAUCUUGUUGACAUAUUCUCUUAGUAAAGCUUACUUUUUAAAAUGAUAUUUCCCCCCUAGAUGAGCGUCCCCUGAAGCCCAGCGGCUCCAUCCCUCCCCUGCCCAGAGAAUACCAGACCCACCGGUCGGGCCAACUCCACCACUAUACCCUUCGCAAGGAGCUUUCCCACGCCCCUGCUCGCCCCUGUGCCUUUAGGUAAGCAGACCCCGCUUGGCCUUCGGGUAACUAAGCAGCUCAUCCUGAUUAUUUCUUCCCCGCCAUUAAUCCAGCACUGUGUCUCUACUGUCGAUAAAUGCCAGAGUCGGACUCAGCCGUGUUUAGAAUGAAACGGGCCCCAACUGCCUAGGGGGCCCACAGAGACAGUUUUUAACGCAAAUGAAAAACUAACACUAAUUACCUGAAAUUAAAAUGACUAAAAUGUAAAUGUGCGGUGUUAGGGUGUUGAUGGUGGGUACCUUUGCCCUCCAGCUCUUAUGAGGCGUAUGAGCUGAAGUCAUUUCCUGCCAUCCUGUUGCCAGCUGCAGCCUCGCUCAAUGGAAGAAACCCCUUCUCAACAGAAGGCUACAAGAACAGGUACCAGAGGAUUGUUAUUGCACCAUCACAGUAUUAUAGCUACAUUAUGUCUACACCCUAUUGCCUUUCAAAAGUAUUCACACCCCUUAUCUAUUUACACAUUUUGUUGUGUUACAGCCUGAACUUAAAAUGGAUUAAAUUGAGAUUUUGUGUCACUGGCCUACACACACUACCCCAUAAUGUCAAAGUGGAAUUUAUGUUUUGAGAAAUGUUUACAAAUUAUGCUGAACAAAAAUAUAAACGCAACAUGUAAAGUGUUGGUCCCAUGUUUCAAGAGCUGAAAUAAAAGAUCCCAGAAAUGUUCCAUAUGCACAAAAAGCUUAUUUCUCUCAAAUGUUGUGCACAGAUUUGUUUAUCCCUGUUAGUGAGCAUUUCUCCUUUGCCAAGAUAAUCCAUCCUCCUGACAGGUGUGGCAUAUCAAGAAGCUGAUAAAACAGCAUGAUCAUUACACAGGUGCACCUUGUGCUGGGGACAAUAAAAGGCCACACUAAAAUGUGCAGUUUUGUCACACAACACAAUGCCACAUGUCUUAAGUUUUGAGGGAGCGUGGAUUUGGCAUGCUGACUGUAGGAAUGUCCACCAGCACUGUUGAGUGUUUAAAAAAAAAAGUUAAUUUCUGUACCAUUUGGCAUUAUGUCCAACCGGCCUCAAAACCGUGUAACCACGCUAGCCCAGGACCUCCACAUCCAGCUUCUUCACCAGCGGGAUCAUCUGAGACCAGCCACCCGGACAGCUGAUGAAACUGAGGAGUAGUUCUGUCUGUAAUAAAGCCCUUUUGUGGGGGAAAAACCCAUUCUGAUUGGCUGGGCCUGGCUCCCCAGUGGGUGGGCCUAUGCCCUCCCAGGUCCACCCAUGGCUGUGCCCCUGCCCAGUCAUGUGAAAUCCAUAGAUUAGGGCCUCAUUUAUUUCAAUUGACUGAUUUCCUUAUAUGAAUUUUAACUCAAUAAAAUUGUUGAAAACGUUGCAUGUUGCGUUUAUAUUUCUGUUCAGUAUAAUUACAAAUUUAAAAGCUGAAAUGUCUUGAGUCAAAGGAUUCAGCCCCUUUUGUUUUGGCAAGCCUCAAUAAAUUCAGGAGUAAGAAUUUGCUUGGACUCACUCUGUGUGCAGUAAUAGUGUUUAACAUGAUUUAUUGACUACCUUGUCUCUGUACCCCACACAUACAAUUAUCUGUAAUGCCCCUCAGUCGAGCAGUGAAUUUCAACCACAAAGACCAGGGAGGUUUUCCAAUGCCUCGCAAAGAAGGUAGAUUGGUAGAUGGGUAAAAAAAAAAAAGAUAUUGAAUAUCCCUUUGAGCAUGGUGAAGUUAUUAAUUACACUUUGGAUGAUGUACUGAUCAAUACACCCAGUCACUAUAAGGAUACAGGUGUCCUUUCUAACUCAGUUGCCAGAGAGGAAAGAAACCGCUCAGGGAUUUCACCGUGAGGCCAAUGGUGACUUUUAGAACAGUUUUCGCCUAUAACAACCAUUAAACUCUGUAACUAAGGAUGGAUAAACACCAUUGUAGUUACUCCACAAUACUAACUUAAAUGACAGUGAAAAGAAGGAAGCCUGUACAGAAUAAACAAUAUUCAAAAACAUGCAUCCUGUUUGCAAUAAGACACUAAAGUAAAACUGCAAAAAAUGUGGCAAAUGAAAUUCAUUUUAUGUCCUGAAUACAAAGCGUUAUGUUUGGGGCAAAUCCAACACAUCACUGAGUACCACUCUUCAUAUUUUCAAGCAUGGUGGUGGCUGCAUCAUGUUAUGGGUAUGCUUGUCAUCGGCAAGGACUAGGGGAGUUUUUGGGGGGAUAAAAAUCUACGUAAUAGAGCUAAGCACAGGUAAAGUCCUUGAGGAAAACCUGGUUGUCUGCGUUCCACCAGACACUGGGAGACAUUCACCUUUCAGCAGGACAAUAACUUAAAACACAAGGCCAAAUCCAUACGAGUUGCUUACCAAGACUGCAUUGAAGGUUUCUGAGUGGCCUAGUUACAAUUUUGACUUACAUUUCCUCAAAUCUAUGGCAAGACUUGAAAAUGGCUGUCUAGCAAUGAUCAACAAUCAACUUGACAGAGCUUGAAGAAUUACAAAAAUAAUAAAAAUGAUGGUCUCUGUGGUCCUCGGUAGCUCAAUUGGUAGAGCAUGGCGCUUGUAACGCCAGGGUAGUGGGUUCGAUCCCCGGGACCACCCAUACGUAAAAACGUAUGCACACAUGACUGUACGUCGCUUUGGAUAAAAGCGUCUGCUAAAUGGCAUAUUAAUAAUGUGCCAAUAUUGUACAAUCCAGGUGUGCAAAGCCUUUAGAAACUUACCCGCUACCUAAGAUGAUUCUAACAUGUAUUGACUCGGGGUUGCGAAUAAUUAUGUAAAUGAGAUUUCAGUAUUUCAUUUUCAAUGAAUUUGCAAAAAUGUCUAAACAUUUGUCACUUUGUCAUUAUGGGGUUGUGUGUGUGUGUGUGUGUGUGUAGAUGGGUGAGAUAAAAAAUCAAUUGAAUCAAUUUUGAAUUCAGGCUGUGUAACAACAAUGUGGAAUAAGUCAAAGGGUAUGAAUACUUUCUGAAGGCCCAUAGGGCCAAAUGGCACGCCAUAGGGUAUUAGUCAAAUAUGCUGCAAUAUAUAGGGCCCUCAUACUCAACUCUGGACCUCGAAGCCAGUUCCCCUCUAAUCAGGCACUGAUUUAGACCUGGGACACCAGGUGGGUGUAAUUAACUAUCAGUUAGAACAGAAAACCAUCAGGCUCUGGACCUCGUAGGGUUUAGAGUUGAAUUCCCUUGAUGUAGAGAACAGGUUGCUGUUUGGGAUGCGUGUCUACAGUAUGUAGCGUGACGUUUCAGUAGUUUUGAGGGUGACUAGUCUUUUUUUGCUCAUUCUGUUCUCAGACCCGGAGUAAAUAACAGAACCUGCAGUCUAUUCACAAUAGGAGCUAAUCAGAAAUGUAAGUAUAAUUUUAAAACAACAAAAAACUAUGUUUUUAAGUGAGAGGUAGGCAUUGAUCUGAAGCUGAAAAAAUAAAGGAAAUUCACAUGAGCACCACAAUUCCUAUUCCACCCAUGCUCUACCAAGGUUUUCCAGCACACAGCUUUGUCCUACUACAGUAGUUAUGUUGGUCUAUUCUACUUCAAACUGUGUGUAGGCAGGUUGCUUAGGAUUCACACCUUCUCAAACAGCCUGAUUCAUACUCUUUGAGGAGGUGCUUCCACAGUAAUGUGGUUUGUACCACAUACAAGUUAAAGUUGUGGAUUCUUCACACCACACUAAUCCCAUUCCACUACGUUUUUUUUAUUUUUUUAUUUUUUUUAAUUAUAUGAAAACAAGCUUUGCUAUUAUACUUACAAGACCAUCAUGCUUGCUUGAUUGAGCGAGCUGUUUUGUCUUGUAGUAAUGUGGUGCCUGCAUGUAUUUCCUUAAACCUUUUUAUUUAGCAAUAUAUGUAAUUGAGAAAAUAAAUACAGUAUAUUUUUUGGUUCAGUAGGUGCCCAACAACCUGGUGGUGGUGUAUUGUACAGUUGUGGUCAAAAGUUUUGAGAAUGACAAGUAUUGGUCUUCACAAAGUUCGCUGCUUCAGUGUUUUUAUAUAUUUUUGUCAGAUGUUACAAUGGUAUACUGAAGUAUAAUUACAAGCAUUCCAUAAGUGUCAAAGGCUUUUAUUGACAAUUACAUUAAGUUUAUGCAAAGAGUCAAUAUUUGCAGUGUUGACCCUUCUUUUUCAAGACCUCUGCAAUCCACCCUGGCAUGCUGUCAAUUAACUUCUGGGCCACAUCCUGACUGAUGGCAGCCCAUUCUUGCAUAAUCAAUGCUUGGAAUUUGUGGGGUUUUGUUUGUCCACCCGCCUCUUGAGGAUCGACCACAACUUAUCAAUGGGAUUAAGGUCUGGGGAGUUUCCUGGCCAUGGACCCAAAAUGUUAAUGUUUUGUUCCCCGAGCCACUUAGUUACCUUAUGGCAAGGUGCUCCAUCAUGCUGGAAAAGGCAUUGGUCGUCACCAAACUGUUCUUUGAUGGUUGGGAGAAGUUGCUCUCAGAAGAUGUGUUGGUACCAUUCUUUAUUCAUGGCUGUGUUCUUAGGCAAAAUUGUGAGUGACCCCACUCCCUUGGCAGAGAAGCAACCCCACACAUGAAUGGUCUCAGGAUGCUUUACUGUUGGCAUGACACAGGACUGAUGGUAGCGCUCACCUUGUCUUCUCCGGACAAGGUGUUUUCCAGAUGCCGCAAACAAUCAGAAAGGGGUUUCAUCAGAGAAAAUGACUUCACUCCAGUCCUCAGCAGUCCAAUCCCUGUACCUUUUUGCAGAAUAUCAGUCUGUACCUGAUGUUUUUCUUGGAGAAAAGUGGCUUCCUCGCUGCCCUUCUUGACACCAGGCCAUCCUCCAAAAGUCUUUGCCUCACUGUGCGUGCAGAUGCACUCACACCUGCCUGCUGCCAUUCCUGAGCAAGCUCUGUACUGGUGGUGCCCCGAUCCCGCAGCUGAAUCAACUUUAAGAGACGGUCCUGGCGCUUGCUGGACUUUCUUGGGCGCCCUGAAGCCUUCUUCACAACCGUUGAACCUCUCUCCUUGAAGUUCUUGAUGAUCCGAUAAAUAGUUGAUUUAGGUGCAAUCUUACUAGCAGCAAUAUCCUUGCCUGUGAAGCCCUUUUUGUGCAAAGCAAUGAUGGCGGCACGUGUUUCCUUGCAGGUAACCAUGGUUAACAGAGGAAGAACAAUGAUUUCAAGCACCACCCUCCUUUUAAAGCUUCCAGUCUGUUAUUCUAACUCAAUCAGCAUGACAGAGUGAUCUCCAGCCUUGUCCUCGUCAACACUCUCACCUGUGUUAACGAGAGAAUCACUGACAUGAUGUCAGCUGGUCCUUUUGUGGCAGGGCUGAAAUGCAGUGGAAAUGUUUUUUUUUGGGAUUAAGUUCAUUUUCAUGGCAAAGAGGGACUUUGCAAUUAAUUGCAAUUCAUCUGAUCACUCUUCAUGACAUUCUGGAGUAUAUGCAAAUUGCCAUCAUAACUGAGGCAGCAGGCUUUGUGGAAAUUAAUAUUUGUCAUUCUCAAAACUUUUGACCACGACCUUGACCUUUCCACAUUUUGUUGUUACAGCCUGAAUUCAAAAUGGAUUAAGUAGAUUUUUACUCCAUAAUGACAGUGAAAACAUGUUUUUAGAAAUUUUAGCAAAUGUAUUAAAUACAGAAUUACCUCAUUUACAUAAGUAUUCACACCCCUGAGUCAAUACUUUGUAGAAGCACCUUUGGCGCCAAUUACAGCUGUGAGUCAUCGUCUUAGGUAUGUCUGUAUCAGCUUUGCACGUCUGGAUUUGAGGAUUUUCUCAAGUUAGAUGGGGCGUGGUGGUGAACAGCAAUCUUCAAGUCUUUCCACAGAUUUUCAAUGGGAUACAAGUCUGGGCUUUGGCUGCAGCCAAUCAAGGACUUUCACAUUCUUGUUCUAAAGCCAUUCCAGGGUUGCUUUGGCUGUAUGCUUGGGGUCAUUGUCCUGUUGGAACGUAAAUCUUCGCCCCAGUCUAAGGUCGUUUGCACUGAAGCAGGUUCUCAUCAAGGAUUUGCCUGUAUUUGGCUCCAUUCAUUGUUCUCUCUAUCCUAACCAGUCUCAGAGUCACUGCCUCUGAAAAGCAUCCCCAUAGCAUGAUGCUGCCACCACCAUGCUUCACGGUAGGGAUGGUGUUAGACGGGUGACGAGCUGUGCCUGGUUUUCUCCAGUCAUAGUCACUUUGCAUUCAGGCCAAAGAGUUAAAUUGUUGUCUCAUCAGACCACAGAAUCUUUUGCCUUAUGAUCUCAGUCUUUCACGUGCCUUUUUGCAAACUCCAGGCGUGCUGUCAUGUGCCUUUAUUCUCAGGAGUGGCUUCCAUCUGGCCACUCUCCCAUAAAGCCCAGAUUGGUGAAGCGCUGUAGAGACUGUUGUCCUUCCGGCAGGUUCUCCCAUAUCAGCCAAGGAACUCUGUAGUUCUGUCAGAGUGGUCAUUGGGUUCUUGGUCUCCUCCCUGACCAAGGUCCUUCUUGCCAGGUUGCUCAGUCUGGUCGGACGGCCAGCUCUAGGCAGUCUGGGUAGUUGCAUAUUUUCUUCCAUUUCCCAAUUGUGGCUGUGCUCUUGGAAACAUUCAACACUCUAAAAAUAGUUGUAUACCCUACGCCAGAUAUAUGCCUCAUCACAAUUCUGUCUUGGAGAUCUACGGACAGAUUUGCUCUGUCAACUGUGGGACCUUAUAUAGACUCCCCAUAUACAGGUGUGCCAAGCUUGUAGCGUCAUACCCAAGAAGACUCAAGGCUGUAAACGCUGAUAAAGGUGCUUUAACAAAGUACUGAGGAAAGGGUCUGAAUACUAAUCUACAGUAAAUGUGAAAUUUCAGUUAUUAAUUUGUUAUGAAUUAGCAACAUUUCCUAAAAACCUCUUUUUCGCUUGGUCAUUGUGGGGUAUUGUGUGUAGAUUGAGGGGAAAAAAUAUUUAUUCAAUUUUAGAAUAAGGCUGUAACGUAACAAAAUGUGGAAAAAGUUAAGGUCUGAAUAGUUUCCGAAUGCACUGUAUCUGUAUUCCCUGCCAUGAGAAAUCCAUAGAUUAGGGCUUAAUGAAUUAAUUUAAAUUGACAGAUUAAUUUAUAUGAACUGUUACUCAGUAAAAUCUUUGAAAUUGUUGCACGUUGCGUUUUAUAUUUUUGUUCAGUGUAGAAUACCAGUUGGGCAACUGUAUAUAACACGUGGUCAACCCUCAGGCUGGAGAACUACCGGGUAUUACAGGCUUUUGAUCAAGCCCUGCUUAAACACAUCAGACAGUUUAUCAACGGCCAGUUGAGCAGAUCAUUUCUAAAAUGUGGUUUGUUAGAUGGGGGCUGGAAUAAAAGCCUGCACACCCAUUAGCUCUCCUGGAGGAUGGUUGACCACCCAUUAGCUCUCCUGGAGGAUGGCUGACCACCCAUUAGCUCUCCUGGAGGAUGGUUGACCACCCAUUAGCUCUCCUGGAGGAUGGUUGACCACCCAUUAGCUCUCCUGGAGGAUGGUUGACCACCCAUUAGCUCCACCCAUUAGCUCUCCUGGAGGAUGGUUGACCACCCAUUAGCUCUCCUGGAGGAUGGGUUGACCACCCAUUAGCUCUCCUGGAGGAUGGUUGACCCACCAUUAGCUCUCCUGGAGGAUGGUUGACCACCCAUUAGCUCUCCUGGAGGAUGGUUGAACCACCCAUUAGUUCUCUCUGGAGGAUGGUUGACCACCCAUUAGCUCUCCUGGAGGAUGGUUGACCACCCAUUAGCUCUCCUGGAGGAUGGUUGACCACCCAUUAGCUCUCCUGGAGGAUGGUUGACCACCCAUUAGCUCUCCUGGAGGAUGGCUGACCACCCAUUAGCUCUCCUGGAGGAUGGUUGACCACCCAUUAGCUCUCCUGGAGGAUGGUUGACCACCCAUUAGCUCUCCUGGAGGAUGGUUGACCACCCAUUAGCUCUCCUGGAGGAUGGUUGACCACCCAUUAGCUCUCCUGGAGGAUGGCUGACCACCCAUUAGCUCUCCCGGAGGAUGGUUGACCACCCAUUAGCUCUCCUGGAGGAUGGUUGACCACCCUUGAUGUAAAACAUUACAACCAAAUAAGUUUUAUGCCUUUUGAAAUAAUUAGCUUAUUCAAUAUAUCAAAGAUCAAAUGGCUAUGGUAGCCCACAAAUGUUCUUCAGGAAAUGUACCUUUUUGAGUUUAGUCAUAUUUAUCUAAGCUACCUUAGACAAGUUUACUUUUCAGGCUGACUAGCAUCUAUUGAGUUGCAAUGUCCCAUACAUUGGAUGGCCAAAUCAACUGGAAGUAUCUACAAAACAAGUUUUAAAGGCAUAAAAUCCAAAAGAAAAGAUACAUUUUAAAAUAUUUUCUAAAAUUGCUGUUCAGGAUUCACAAAGUAUUAUUUUGAUUCACCUGAUUUGAUUCACCGCAAUUGAACUGAAUCCCAACUAAUACAAUGAUGAUCUUAUAAAUGAACCAUAUGAAUUGUUCAAUAAAGUAAAUCAACUUCAAAUCCAAUUUUAUUUGUCGCAUGCGCCGAAUACAACAGGUGUAGACCUUACCGUGAAAUGCUUACUCACAAGCCCUUAACCAACAAUGCAGUUCAAGAAAUAGAGUUAAGAAAAUAUAGCAACACAAUAAGGAGGCUAUAUACAGGGGGUACCGGUGCCGAGUCAAUGUGCGGGUAUACAGGUUAGUCGAGGUAAUUUGUACAUGUAGGUAGGGGUAAAGUGACUAUACAUAGAUAAUAAACAGAGAGUAGCAGCAGUGUAAAAACAAGGGGGUUGGGGGUCAAUGUAAAUAGUCCGGGUGGCCAUUUGAUUAAUUGUUCAGCAGUCUUAUGGCUUGGGGGUAGAAGCUGUUAAGCAGUCUUUUGGACCUAGACUUGCCGUGCGGUAGCAGAGAGAACAAUCUAUGACAUGGGUGACUGGAGUAUUUGACAAUUUUUUUGGCCUUCCUCUGACACCGCCUACUAUAUAGGUCCUUGAUGGCAGGAAGCUUGUCCUCAGUGAUGUACUUGGCCGUACGCACUACCCUCUGUAGCGCCUUACGGUCGGAGGCCUAGCAGUUGCCAUACCAGGCGGUGAUGCUCUCGAUGGUGCAGCUGUAUAAAGUUUUGAGGAUGUGGCGACCCAUGGCAAAUCUUUUCAGUCUCCUGAGGGGGAAAGGCGUUGUCGUGCCCUCUUCACAAUUUUCUUGGUGUGUUUGGACCAUGACAGUUUGUUGGUUCCACUUCAAUGUGAAUGGGUGCGUGUUUGGCCCGCCUUUUCCUGUAGUCCAUGAUCAUCUCCUUUGUCUUGAUCACGUUGAGGGAGAGGUUGUUAUCCUGGCACCACACGGCCAGGUCUCUGACCUCCUCCCUAUAGGCUGUCUUAUCGUUGUCGGUGAUCAGGCCUACCACUGUUGUGUCAUCAGAAAACGGAAUGAUGGUGUUGGAGUCGCGCCUGGCCACACAGUCGUGGGUGAACAGGGAGUACAGGAGGGGACUAAGCACGCACCCCUGAGGGGCCCCAGUGUUGAUGGUCAGCGUGACAGAUGUGUUGUUGCCUACCUUUAUCACCUGGGGGUGGCCCGUCAGGAAGUCCAGGAUCCAGUUGCAGAGGGAGGUGUUUAGUCCCAUGGUCCUUAGCUUAGUGAAGAGCUUUGUGGGCACUAUGGUGUUGAACGCUGAGCUGUAGUCAAUGAACAGCAUUCUCACAUAGGUGUUCCUUUUGCCCAGGUGGGAAAGGGCAGUGUGGAGUGCAAUAGAGAUCAUCUGUGGAUCUGUUGGGGCGGUAUGCGAAUAUGGAGUGGGUCUAGAGUUUCUGGGAUGAUGGUGUUGAUGUGAGCCAUGACCAUGUUGGCGUGAGCCAUGACCAGCCUUUCAAAGCAUUUCAUGGCUACCGACGUGAGUGCUACGGGGCGGUAGUCAUUUAGGCAGGUUACCUUCGCUUUCUUGGGCACAGGGACUAUGGUGGUCUGCUUGAAACGUACACUACCGGUCAAAAGUUUUAGAACACCUACUCAUUCAAGGGUUUUUCUUUAUUUGUACUAUUUUCUACAUUGUAGAAUAAUAGUGAAGACAUCGAAACUAUGAAAUAACACAUAUGGAAUCAUGUAGUAACCAAAAAAGUGUUAAACAAGCCAAUAUAUGUUUGAUAUUCUUCAAUUAGCCACCCUUUGCCUUGAUGACAGCUUUGCACACUCUUGGCAUUCUCUCAACCAGCUUCACCUGGAAUGCUUUUCCAACAGUGUUGAAGGAGUUCCCACAUAUGCUGAGCACUUGUUGGCUGCUUUUCCUUCACUCUCCAGUCUGACAUCCCAAACCAUCUCAAUUGGAUUGAGGUCGGGGGAUUGUGGAGGCCAGGUCAUCUGAUGCAGCACUCCAUUACUCUCCUUCUUGGUAAAAUAGUCCUUACACAUCCUGGAGGUCUGUUGGGUCAUUGUCCUGUUGAAAAACAAAUGAUAGUCCCACUAAGCCCAAACCAGAUGGGAUGGCGUAUCACUGCAGAAUGCUGUUGUUAGCCAUGCUGGUUAAGUGUGCCUUGAAUUCUAAAGAAAUCAGACCGUGUCACCAACUAAGCACCUCCACACAUAACACCACCUCCUCCAUGCUUUACGGUGGGAAAUACACUUGCGGAGAUCAUCCGCUCAGCCAUACCGCUUCUCACAAAUACACGGCAGUUGGAACCAAAAACCUCAAAUUUGGACUCCAGUACAAAUUUCCACCGGUCUAAUGUCCAUUGCUCGUGUUUCUUUGCCCAAGCAUGUCUCAUCUUCUUAUUGGGGUCCUUUAGUAGUGGUUUCUUUGCAGCAAUUUGACCAUGAAGGCCUGAUUCACACUGUCUUCAAUGAACAGUGCUUGAUGGUUUUUGCGACUGCACUUGAAGAAACAUUCAAAGUUCUUGAAAUGUUCCGUAUUAACUGACCUUCAUGUCUUAAAGUAAUGAUGAACUGUCAUUUCUCUUUGCUUAUUUGAGCUGUUCUUGCCAUAAUAUGGACUUGGUCUUUUACCAAAUAGGGCUAUCUUCUGUAUACCCCCACCCCUACCUUGUCAUAACACAACUGAUUGGCUUAAAUGCAUUAAGAAGGAAAGAAAUUCCACAAAUUUACCUUAAGGCACACCUGUUAAUUGAAAUGCAUUCCAGUGACUACCUCAUGAAGCUGGUUGAGAGAAUGCCAAGAGUGUGUAAAGCUGGCAUCGAGGCAAAGGGUGGCUCUUUUGAAGAAUCUCAAAUAUUAAAUAUUUUGAUUUGUUUUACACUUCUUUUGGUUACUACAUGAUUCCAUAUGUGUUAUUUCAUAGUUUUGAUGUCUUCACUAUUAUUCUAAAAUGUAGAAAACAGUAAAAAUAAAGAAAAACCCUUGAAUGAGUAGGUGUGUUGACCGGUAUUGUAGUUAUUACAGACUCAGUCAGGGAGAGGUGGAAAAUGUCAGUGAAGACACUUGCCAGUUGGUCCGCGCAUGCUCUGAGUACACGUCCUGGUAAUCCAUCUGGCCCCGCUGCCUUGUGAAUGUUGACCUGUUUAAAGGUCUUGCUCACAUCAGCUAUGGAGAGCGUGAUCACACUGUCGUCCGGAACAGCUGGUGCUCUCAUGCAUGCUUCAGUGUUUCUUGCCUCGACGCGAGCAUAAAAGGCAUUUAGCUCAUCUGGUAGGCUCGCGUCACUGGGCAGCUCGCAGCUGGGUUUCCCUUUGUAGUCCGUAAUAGUUUUGCAAGCACUGCCACAUCCGACGAGCGUCAGAGCCGGUGUAGUACGAUUCAAUCUUAGUCCUGUAUUGACGCUUUGCCUGUUUUGAUGGUUCGUCGGAGGGCAUAAGCGUCCGGAUUAGUGUCCUGCUCCUUGAAAACGGCAGCUCUAGCCUUUAGCUCGUGUGGAUGUUGCCUGUAAUCCAUGGCUUCUGGUUGGGAUAUGUACGUACGGUCACUGUGGGGACGACGUCGUUUGAUGCACUUAUUGAUGAAGCCGGUGACUGAGGUGGUAUACUCCUCAAUGCCAUUGGAUGAAUCCCGGAACAUAUUCCAGUAUGUGGUAGCAAAACAGUCCUGUAGCGUAGCAUCCGCGUCAUCUGACCACUUCCUUAUUGAGCGAGUCACUGGUACUUCCUGCUUUAGUUUUUGCUUGUAAGCAGGAAUCGGGAGGAUAGAAUUAUGGUCAGAUUUGCCAAAUGGAGGGUGAGGGAGAGCUUUGUAUGUGCGUGUGUGUGGCGUAAAGGUGGUCUGGAGUUUUUUUCCCUCUGGUUGCACAUGUGACAGGCUGGUAGAAAUGAGGUGAAACUGGUUUUCCUGCAUUAACGUCCCCGGCCACUAGGAGCGCCGCUUCUGGUUGAGCAUUUUCUUGUUUGCUUAUGGCCUUAUUCAGCUCGUUGUGUGCGGUCUUAGUGCCAGCAUCGGUUUGUGGUGUUAAAUAGACGGCUACGAAUAAUAUAGAUGAGAACUCUCUUGGUAGAUAGUGUGGUCUACAGCUUAUCAUGAGGUACUCUACCUCAGGCCACCAUCAUCUUACCAGACGUAGCUGCUCUGUCCUGCCGAUGCACGGAAAACCCAGCCAGCUCUAUAUUAUCCUUGUCGUUCAGCCACGACUCGGUGAAACAUUUUAUUUUAUUUCACCUUUAUUUAACCAGGUAAGAAGCCAGUUGAGAACAAGUUCUCAUUUACAACUGCGACCUGGCCAAGAUAAAGCAAGUAUUAACACUGGAAUGAUAGAUGUGCAGAAGAUGAUGUGCAAAUGAGCAAAAUAAAAAACAAUAUGGGGAUGAGGUAGUUGGGUGGGCUAAUUUCAGAUGGGCUGUGUACAGGUGCAGUGAUCGGUAAGGUGCUCUGACAACUGAUGCUUAAAGUUAGUGAGGGAGGUAAGAGUCUCCAGCUUCAGAGAUUUUUGCAAUUCGUUCCAGUCAUUGGCAGCAGAGAACUGGAAGGAAUGGCGGCCAAAGGAGGUGUUGGCUUUGGGGAUGACCAGUGAGAUAUACCUGCUGGAGCGCAUACUACGGGUGGGUGUUGCUAUGGUGACCAAUGAACUAAGAUAAGGCGGGGAUUUGCCUAGCAGUGAUUUAUCGAUGGCCUGGAGCCAGUGGGUUUGGCGACGAAUAUGUAGUGAGGGUCAGCCAACGAGAGCGUACAGGUCACAAUGGUGGGUAGUAUAUGGGGCUUUGGUGACAAAACGGAUGGCACUGUGAUAGACUACAUCCAAUUUGCUGAGUAGAGUGUUGGAGGCUAUUUUGUAAAUGACAUCGCCGAAGUCAAGGAUCGGUAGGAUAGUCAGUUUUACGAGGGCAUGUUUGGCAGCAUGAGUGAAGGAGGCUUUGUUGCGAAAUAGGAAGCCGAUUCUAGAUUUAACUUUGGAUUGGAGAUGCUUAAUGUGAGUCUGGAAGGAGAGUUUACAGUCUAACCAGACACCUAGGUAUUUGUAGUUGUCCACAUACUCUAGGUCAGACCCGUCGAGAGUAGUGAUUCUAGUCGGGUGGCCGGGUGCCAGCAGCGUUUGGUUGAAGAGCAUGCAUUUAGUUUUACUAGUGUUUAAGAGCAGUUGGAGGCUACUGAAGGAGUGUUGUAUGGCAUUGAAGCUUGUUUGGAGGUUUGUUAACACGGUGUCCAAUGAAGGGCCAUGGUGUCGUCUGCGUAGAGGUGGAUCUGAGAGUCACCAGCAGCAAGAGCGACAUCAUUGAUAUACACAGAGAAGAGAGUCGGCCCGAGAAUUGAACCCUGUGGCACCCCCAUAGAGACAGCCAGAGGUCCAGACAACAGGCCCUCCGAUUUGACACAUUGAACUGUACAUAACAUAUUACAGUUUUUAAUGUCAUGUUGGUAGGAUCGUAGAUCAUCCAGUUCAUUCUCCAGUGAUUGCACGUUGGCCAAUAGAAUGGAUGGUAGAGGCGGUUUACCCACUCACCGACAAAUUCUCACAAGGCACCCCGAUCUCCGCCCCCUGUAUUUCCGUCUUUUCUUCACGUGAAUGACGGGGAUCUGGGUCUCAGGGAAGCAGUAUGUCCUUCGUCGGACUCAUUAAAGAAAAAAUCUUAGUCUAGUUUGAGGUGAGUAAUCGCUGUUCUGAUGUCCAGAAGCUCUUUUACUUAUAAAAUAAGUUACAAAACAAUGUGAAAAAACUAACAAAAUAGUACAGUUGGCUAGGAGCUCGUACAACGGCAGCCAUCCCCUCCGGCGCCAUUAUCCAAUCUUUUUAUAUGACCUUAUUUUCGAGUGUCAGUGGAAUUUUUUGGGGGACAUGAAGAAAACAUCAAUACAUACUAGUAAAAGCUAAACAGUUAACCAAAGGGUACAAUAUUUGUUUUGAAUUGGCUGCCUAGUUAUUAGUCUGUUCUCUGUCAUGUUUUAUAGGCCUACCUGCUACUGCAAUGUCCGAAAGUCAAAGGCCACUGGCCUCGCACCAUGCAGGUGACGCUCCCAAACACAGACGCGCCAAAGUGUCAUUCCCAUCCUGAUAUGUUGAUUUUUUUUAUUUGAUUUAAUAAAAUAUUUUAAAAAAUAAAUGACUAACAGAAAUUAUGAAAUGUUUUUCCAUUACUUUUCGAAAAGAUUUUCAGAAAUGCUACAAAAAGGUAGCACAUCGUUUGUUCUUAAUGGACGGAAAGGUACGAGAGCGAUUUUUAAAUUAUAAACGCAAUGGAAACUGUUGCACCUGCAAACAUUAUUGAGUCCAAAUGGAUCCAGGUAGAACUGUCACCUUCAUCUUACGGACGCCGUAGCCUUGCUUUCAUCCGACGUCUAGAAUCUGAGCUAUGCCCUGUCAGGAAAAUCCAGAAUAGCGGUUCUUGGUAACGGAAGGACGGAUAAUGACUGGAGGCGGGGAGUCUGUUCCUUCCUCCCAAGUUGAUUUUGAGAAUUUUCCUCGACGUUGGUGUCCUAUUGGCUUAGAUAUGAUGGUAGGGUGAUUUUGAAUUUUAACAUCGAGCUUCAACCCAAUGCAUAUACUAUUGUGAGGGCUAUCGUCCCCACAAUGAUGAUUACGUCAGGGUGUGGUUCAUUUAUGAUAUCUUUCAUCAACUGUAUUAGACCAUUUUUUCAAUUCCUGUAUGGAAAACAAUACAGUCUAGUCUACCAUUUUAAACUAUUAAAUCAAGUGAAGAUCUAACCUUGUCUAACCAGUAGCUUUUGUUUCCAUACUGCUCUCUUUUAAAAUACUGAAACUUUAUUUAAUAUGGCCUCUUUGAACGGACUGUCUCUAAAGGAACACCCAUAGAUUACCUGUAUCCUUCCAUGAACCCAGUGCCCUCAUAAUCUGUCCCAAAUGGCACCCUAUUUCCUAUAGAAGGCAUUACUUUUGACCGGAGCUCUACUGGCCCUGGUCAAAAGUAGUGCACUAAAUGGGUAACAGGGUGCCAUUUGGGACUCUAAGUGUAUGGCACAUUCUCCUUUUUGUGUAUUUUCUGAGAGCUCAGCCUGUCAGUCCAGACAUGGCUGCUGCACAGGAGACAGCUGUUUGGUCCGUCACAGUUCAACCUGGCCUCAGGUGCUUAUGAUGACGGUGACGUGGAGCUACCUAACAAACAGGGCUUUAUUCUCAGACGGAACCCCUCUUCAAACACAACGCACCAGAGGUCUCGCUCCUUCUCCUUGUUGUCAGGGCUCAGCUCAGUCCAUCACCCCUCUGAAUGAACUCUCCCACUGAGAAAAACGGGGUCUGUGUGGGGGGGGGGGGGGGGGGGUCAAGUGCCCUUCCUCCUGUCAAUCGGUCAUGUCUGUCUGUCUGUCUGUCUGUCUGUAGCAGACCAUUUCCCCCCCCAUCUUUCUUACUGUGUGUGUGUGAAUGGUUUUGGAGUUUUGCGCUCUUACUUGUGAUUUGUUUUCUAGCUUCCUUGAAGCUGUCAGUUGGCUUCCUAACACUUUCUUACUCCCUAUUUGUUUUCUAGCUCAGUGCUCCUACCAUCUAGUUAUAUUUUAUUUGGUAUCCGUACUGUUCUCUCUGUCCCCCCUCCAGCCAUUAGACUGUUCUCUCUGUCCCCCCUCCAGUCAUUAGACUGUUCUCUCUGUCCCUCCUCCAGCCAUUAGACUGUUCUCUCUGUCCCUCCUCCAGCCAUUAGACUGUUCUCUCGGUCCCCCCUCCAGUCAUUAGACUGUUCUCUCUGUCCCUCCUCCAGUCAUUAGACUGUUCUCUCGGUCCCCCCUCCAGCCAUUAGACUGUUCUCUCUGUCCCCCCUCCAGUCAUUAGACUGUUCUCUCUGUCCCUCCUCCAGCCAUUAGACUGUUCUCUCGGCCCCCCCUCCAGUCAUUAGACUGUUCUCUCUGUCCCUCCUCCAGCCAUUAGACUGUUCUCUCUGUCCCUCCUCCAGUCAUUAGACUGUUCUCUCUGUCCCUCCUCCAGCCAUUAGACUGUUCUCUCUGUCCCUCCUCCAGUCAUUAGACUGUUCUCUCUGUCCCUCCUCCAGUCAUUAGACUGUUCUCUCUGUCCCUCCUCCAGCCAUUAGACUGUUCUCUCGGUCCCCCCUCCAGCCAUUAGACUGUUCUCUCUGUCCCUCCUCCAGCCAUUAGACUGUUCUCUCGGUCCCUCCUCCAGUCAUUAGACUGUUCUCUCGGUCCUCUCCUCCAGUCAUUAGACUGUUCUCUCUGUCCCCCCUCCAGCCAUUAGACUGUUCUCUCUGUCCUCUCCUCCAGUCAUUAGACUGUUCUCUCUGUCCCUCCUCCAGUCAUUAGACUGUUCUCUCGGUCCCUCCUCCAGUCAUUAGACUGUUCUCUCUGUCCCCCCUCCAGCCAUUAGACUGUUCUCUCUGUCCUCUCCUCCAGUCAUUAGACUGUUCUCUCUGUCCUCUCCUCCAGCCAUUAGACUGUUCUCUCUGUCCCUCCUCCAGUCAUUAGACUGUUCUCUCGGUCCCUCCUCCAGCCAUUAGACUGUUCUCUCUGUCCCUCCUCCAGUCAUUAGACUGUUCUCUCGGUCCCUCCUCCAGUCAUUAGACUGUUCUCUCUGUCCCUCCUCCAGUCAUUACUGUUCUCUCUGUCCCCCCUCCAGCCAUUAGACUGUUCUCUCGGUCCCUCCUCCAGUCAUUAGACUGUUCUCUCUGUCCUCUCCUCCAGUCAUUAGACUGUUCUCUCUGUCCCCCCUCCAGUCAUUAGACUGUUCUCUCUGUCCUCUCCUCCAGCCAUUAGACUGUUCUCUCUGUCCCUCCUCCAGUCAUUAGACUGUUCUCUCGGUCCCUCCUCCAGCCAUUAGACUGUUCUCUCUGUCCCUCCUCCAGUCAUUAGACUGUUCUCUCGGUCCCUCCUCCAGUCAUUAGACUGUUCUCUCUGUCCCUCCUCCAGUCAUUACUGUUCUCUCUGUCCCCCCUCCAGCCAUUAGACUGUUCUCUCGGUCCCUCCUCCAGUCAUUAGACUGUUCUCUCUGUCCUCUCCUCCAGUCAUUAGACUCUCUCUGUCCCUCCUCCAGGACCGUCGGAUCCUGAUGCUUGCUUAGACACUGUUUUGGUUCUAGUCCAGUUCUCCCCAUAUCACAAAAUGACUUGCAGUUGUUUGUGCAGCUCACCUGCUCAAGAUGUUAGCUCUCUCCAAUCCAUGAAGGAGUCUAUGGAGUUACUACUCUCCCCUGUGUUUCUCCUCCAGCCCAGUUAUACCCAGACCCAGUCAGUGGAGCCCCGUCAGCCUCAAUCAUCCAGAGACUGUCUGAGAUCGCUUCCCUGGAGGUAGAAACCGUCAGGCAGGAGAAGAUCAAGAAGAUUAAGAAGAGCAGGAGACAGGACUCCUGA